CGGAAGAAACUAACCGUCAAACGGAAGACCAGCGUUCAAGAAGGCAACCAGAAGCGACCGAAAGCCAAGAGGUUUAACAACCGUCGCUGCUUUAAAUGUGGAGAGGGAUUCCCCCGGGAAUACGAGCUGCUGCUACACCUGCAGACACAUCUGGAUUACAACUGCUACGUGUGCGGAACGCCGUUCGACAACCAAGAGCUGCUGCGGAGACAUCAGGAGGAGCACGCCGAGGAGAGUCUGGGUGUGUUCUCUGGUGAGGCAGCAGGUCCAACCUCAGGGCAGCGGCGGGGAGAGGGAAGAGGACUCACCGAUGUCCGACCUGUGGCAAAGAACUAUCAGACGCGUCCAAGCUGAAGUUGCACGUGAGAAUCCACACCGGGGAGAAACCGUACUGCUGCUCCCUGUGCGGAAAGGGUUUCACUCAGCCAGGGAACCUGAAAACACACAUGAAAACACACAGAGACGGGAACCCCAGUUUGUUGUCUGCUGGUGCGUUAGGUCCCUCUACAUCAAGAGGUCCUGAACACCACCAGGAGAAUCACACCGUCGCCGCAUCAGCAGCUCAGGAGAACUUCAACUGUCCAGAUCUACCGCCAGCGCAGAAACACAUGACGUCUCAGGACAGCGGAGAGAAGGCCUCUUUCUUCUGCUCGCUGUGUGGGGAGCAGUUCUCUGAGAAGGCACAGUUGGAAGAACACCGAUUGGCUCACAACAACAAGAAGCCUUUCCCCUGCCCCGACUGUGGCAAGAGGUUCCGCAGUAAUUACUACGUUAAGAUCCACAUGCGAAUGCACACCGGGGAGAGGCCUUACCAAUGCACCGAGUGUGGGAAGGGCUUCAUCACAGAAGAAGGUCUGAAGAAGCACGAGAGCGCUCACCGGGGAGAGAGACCCCACCUCUGCCCCGAGUGCGGAAAGAGAUUCAAGCAACAGUCCCAACUUACAUGUCACUUCCGUAUGCACACCGGACAGAAGAGCCACCUCUGCUCCGUCUGUGGGAAGAGUUACUUCAGAGAAUUUGACCUCAAGGUUCACCUCAGAGUCCACACGGGAGAGAAGCCCCAUCAGUGUGAGGAGUGCGGGAAGAGUUUCUACUAUCUACAGGGGCUCCGGCAGCACCAGAGGACCCACGCUCCCAAGCCCAUCGGACCGACCCGCCAGCUAGGCAGGCCUAAGCAGUCGUCCAGCGCGGACAUACCGAACCAAUCACCCAGGACGGGAAGGCCCAGGCCAGCUCCUAGAGUAGAGAGACCUAUGCCUCUACCCAGAGUGGAGAGACCCAUGCCUCUAGGCCUACCUAGAGUUGAGAGUGAUCUGGAGAGACCCAUACCUCUAGGCCUACCUAGAGUUGAGAGUGAUCUGGAGAGACCCAUACCUCUAGGCCUACCUAGAGUUGAGAGUGAUCUGGAGAGACCUCACUGGCAGUACUGGCACCUUUAAAUGGGAAAUCUUCCAUUUUCAACGCCGAUACAAUUAUUGGAGGACCAAAACAAGUCGAUACCGAUUAAUCGGACGAUUUUUAUAUAUGAGUGUGGUAAUAUUUGUAAUAAUGACAAUUACAACAAUGCUGAAUGAACACUUAUUUUAACUUAAUAUAAUACAGAAAUAAAAUCAAUUUAUUCUCAAAUAAAUAAUGAAACAUGUUCAAUUUGGUUUAAAUAAUGCAAAACCACAGUGUUGGAGAAGAAAGUAAAAGUGCAAUAUGUGCCAUGUAAGAAAGCGAACGUUUAAGUUCCUUGCUCAGAACAUCAGAACAUAUGAAAGCUGGUGGUUCAACAUUCCCAGUUAAGAAGUUUUAGGUUGUAGUUAUCCUAGGAAUUACGACGCCUCGACUAUUUCCCUCUCUACCAUUUUGUAUUUCAUAUACCUUUGACUAUUGGAUGUUCUAAUAGGCACUUUAGUAUUGCCAGCCCAAUCUCAGGAGUUGAUAGGCUUGAAGUCAUAAACAGCGCUGUGGUUCAAGCAUUGCUAAGAGCUGCUGGUAAACGCAGUAAAGUUUGAAUGAAUGCCUACGAGCCUGCUGCCUCCUACCACCGCUCAGUCAGACUGCUCUAUCAAAUAUCAAAUCAUAGACUUAAUUAUAAUAUAAUAAACACAGAAAUACGAGCCUUUGGUCAUUAAUAUGGUCAAAACCGGAAACUAUCAUUUCGAAAACAAAACGUUUAUUCUUUCAGUGAAAUACGAAACCGUUUCGUAUUUUAUCGAACGGGUGGCAUCCCUACGUCUAAAUAUUGCUGUUACAUUAUUGCACUACCUUCAAUGUUAUGUCAUAAUUAUGUAUAAUUCUGACAAAUUAGUUGGCAACGAGCCAGGCGGCCCACUCUGUUGCAUAUACCCUGACUCUGUGUGCAAUGAAUUCAAGAGAAGUGACACAAUUUCUCCUGGUUAAUAUUGCCUGCUAACAUUAAUUUAUUUGAACUAAAUAUGAAGGUUUAAAAAUAUAUACUUCUGUGUAUUGAUUUUAUUAAAGGCAUUGAUGUUUA